AUGACAGACUCGGAGUAUUCGUUCUCUUUGACUACCUUCGCACCAUCCGGGAAGCUUUUGCAGAUCGAGUAUGCCCUCAACCGAGUUGCUGAAGGGCGCCCCGCCCUAGGCAUCAAGGCCAAGAACGGGGUUGUUCUGGCCACGGAAAAGAAGGUCACAAGUCCGCUCGUGGACGAGAAGACCUUGGCCAAAGUAGAGAACCUCUCCGACAGUGUGGGAAUGGUCUAUGCCGGAAUGCCCGCAGAUUACCGUGUUUUGCUCCGAAGAGGGCGUAAAGUUGCCCAACAGUACUACACCAUGUACCGUGAGCUGAUUCCGGUUUCACAAAUCGUUCGUGAAGAAGCCGCCAUCAUGCAAGAGUUCACACAGUCGGGCGGUGUGCGACCUUUCGGAGUAUCCCUCAUGAUCGCAGGAUUUGACGACAGUGGCCCGCAGCUUUUCCAAGUGGAUCCAUCCGGUACAUACUUUGGUUGGAAGGCCUCAGCAAUUGGCAAGAACCAUGUCAACGCAAAGUCUUUCUUGGAGAAGCGCUACAGUGAGGACAUUGAGCUAGAGGAUGCAAUCCACACGGCCAUCCUCACCUUGAAGGAGGGUUUUGAGGAAGCAAUCACGGCAGAGAACAUUGAGAUCGGCAUUGUGGGCACUGACAGGAAGUUUCGAGUGCUGACUCCUGCAGAAGUCCAGGACUACCUCGGAGAGGUAGAGUAG